UGGUGGAAGCACGUCGAAAGCGACGUUGGUAGUGGGACUUGUCUGCUGGACCACUGCUUGAUGAAGCCGCGGCCGUUUGCCGUGGACCAGUUCUACGAGCAUGUUCGAGUGUAUCAUGACCCGGAGAAAUCGUAUACGCUUCGUGACAUUGACUCUCCGCGGCGGUUCCCCCUCGAUCCCUUUCCGGACCACUGUCCCAUCUGUAACUAUGCUGAUGAGGAUAGGGAGCGGGUCGUGAGUCACAUCUGCAAGGAGCUCCGAUUCUUUGCGUUGAUGGCGCUGCCCUGGGCGACCGAACGGAUGUUGAUCGUAGAGCACGAGUGGCAGGAGGAGGUCGAUCGCUUGUGGCCUCCUCACUGCAAUGUGCUACCCUGUGGCGUUUGGUCCAACGACAAGGCCUGGGCCAAGCGGGCGGCGAAGAAGCAGACUCCCCAAGACAUUCAUGAUCUUAGUUUGGAAGAUCCAUGAGAUUUCCCAGCUCGUCGAUAAUGAUGAUUGUGCGGUCUGAUAAAUACGGUUUGCGCCGACUACCCCAUUUCCGUACGAUCUCACCUGAUUGGACAUUCCACCUGACCUAGGCCCGAUGUAUCAAGAGACGUCCAUCGUUGCCAAUUCCUGUUUUUG